AUGGCUAGAGUCUGCGAAUGGCUUGACGACAACGUCUAUAAUCUUGGGGAUGCCCAAGAUCAAGAUGGGGACUGCCAGCGUGGCUCGAAAGCUUCCAGCUCAGGAGGCGUCAAGAGACGUGCUGCGGAAGCGCGUCCUGUAGCUGGUCAGAAGAGGCAACUCAAAGGGCGUGAUCAAGACGACGAAGGAUCCGAAAACGACGAGAACAGCGAGCAGAAGCCCAACAAGAAGCGCACGAAGACAGAUGAGGACGACGACCGCCCAAAGUUUGCGUGCCCUUACUACAAGCACGAUCCUGUCAGAUACAAGAGCCAUCGAACCUGCGUUGGUCCUGGUUGGCACGAGAUUCAUCGGGUCAAGUGUUUCGAUACCUUUAAGACCGAAAAAGCACUUCAAGGUCAUACGAGGGCAACUGUAGCUUGCACUGUGCUAGAUGAGCAGAGACGCAAGCUAGACCCAGGCGCAGGAAUGGAUCAAGAGACGGAGAAGCACCUCAGAGCGCGUAGGCAAUCUGGUAAGCAUAACGGCGACAAGCACGACGAUGUCAGCAAAUGGUACGAAGUAUAUUACACCCUGUUCCCGGGGACACAAGACAUUGGAAACCCUCCAAGUCCUUGGUAUGACACCAACCCGGACAAGACGAAUGCAGGCGACUCCAACUCGAAAGGAUUGGAGUUUCUUAAGUACUUGCGGCGUGAAUUGCCCCACAUGAUCCAGCGCGAGCUCGAAAAAGAUCUCAAUCGUUCAUUUGAGAGAUAUGGCGAUGGUCUUAUGGACAGCCUCUCGAUCUGGAUCCGAGACAGCUCGGCUAGGUGUGCUCAGAUCUUUGAGCACAUACCCUCACCUGCGCAGGUGGCGGACCUGGAUGAUCCCGAGACUGCGCAAGGAUCUCGGGCGGUGUCGCCGCAGGUGUCACCCGAUACCGACUUAACCGUCAGUGUCGGUGAAGAGGCCGGCGCCAGUACCGGUGUCAUCGAGGGCGCUCUAGAUUUCGAUUUUGGUAUUCCCGAUAUCGACAUCUCCAGUCUCCUGAACUUUGACCUGCCCAACAUUCCCUCGGACUUUCCGACCUCGGACGACCAGUGCCCUACAUAUCCCGACUCUGCCUACGGCACCGGCAGCGUUGAAGACGCUUCUGGAGCUCGGCGAAGUUACAUGUGA